AUGUUGUUGUUCGUAAGUCUGUGUUUGCUAGCGGGUGCGUUUUGUACGCCAGCACCUCCUACGACAAAGUGCGAGCGCGCACCGCCUCACGCUCAGCCAGCCGACCGGCACUACCGAUUGAGCAUCUCAGGUGACCCUGAUUUGUAUCUACCGGGUGAACUAUAUACAGUAUCAUUACAAGGCGUUGAUAGCGGUGAAGGAUCUACACCAUUUAUAGGAUUUAUGAUAUGGGCUGAAGCCAACGAAGAACUUGAGGAAGCUAAAAAAACAGCCGAAACUAAUUCUUACAAGCCUAAAAAUCAAUCCCUUGGUGCUUUUCAAGCGUAUGACACACAGGCGAAAUUGCACGAAGAUUGUAAACCUGCCGUCGCUAAUGCAACUGCACAUCCUAAAACUGAAAUACAGGUAAUAUGGAGCGCGCCGUUGAACGCACAAAAUGGGUGCGUACGUAUCUGCGCGCGUGCUAGUCACUCCAAAGUCAAAGAGGAUGCUGAGAAGGCAGGUUCCUGGUCCAUAUUGGCGCGCAAGUUGUGCCCCGCACCUGUAGCGCCUGUUGGAGGUAACCGACAGGCACCUAUAGUGGAACCAUGCUGUGCGUGUGACGAGGCCAAGUAUGAGGUGACUUUUGAGGGGCUCUGGUCUCGUAACACUCAUCCGCGGGAGUUUCCACCGGAGUCGGCACGAGCCCAUUUCGGUGACGUCAUUGGUGCUUCGCAUACAGCUCAGUACAGAGUGUGGCAGGAGGGAAGGGUUGCUAGUGCUGGACUCAGGCGUUUAGCUGAUGACGGGGCUACUACUGCACUUGAAAAGGAGCUAAAGGAAGAGAGUGAUCACAUUCGGACGAUAAUUAAAGCGCGUGGUAUAUCAUGGCAACAAGUCGCUGCAGGCGGGAUACCCAGUACUUUUGCAGUAUUCCGAGCAGAUGCGAAGCACCACUUGAUGUCUUUGGCAGCCAAGUUAGCACCUUCUCCAGAUUGGAUAGUUGGGGUGUCAGCGCUAGAAUUAUGUAAUCCUAACUGCACAUGGACGAGAUCUGCUACGCUGCCAUUGUAUCCGUACGAUGCAGGGACUGAUAGUGGUAUUAGCUACACGUCACGGCGAGAGCCCACCUCUCCGCCGUCUCCAGUGCGAGCGCUGCGGCCUGACUGGCCAGAAGACCCACGUUCACCUUUUUUUAAUACCGUCGGAGAGAUGAGGCCCUUCGCGCGCUUAAGGCUUUCGCGCUUGCGUCUUUACGAAAAGAGCUGCGAACCGACAGAAGCGGGCGGGGGGCGGCCGGUGGAGGCGGGCGACGGGGGUGACGGGUCGUGUGCGACGCAGGCGUGGGGCGCGUGGGGCGCGUGCAGCGCCACCUGCGGAACGGGCCGCGCCGUGCGCCAACGCUACUACGUGUGGCCGGCGCGCGCCUUUGCCGACGGCUGUCGCGCUACGCUCACCGACUAUCGCCGCUGCCACGGACCCAGGGCGCAUUGCAGAGUAAAGUCGGAGUAUGAGCCGGAGCCGGCGGACGCGCACGGGCCGUGUGCGGUGUCGCAGUGGAGCGAGUGGUCGCCGUGCGAGGGAUGCGGCGUGCGCGCGCGCACGCGCCACUACCUGGUGCCGCGCGCGCGCAAGCGCUGCCACGUUGGCUUCCGCGCCCGCACCGUCAUGAGCCAAGCUAUACCAUGCGACAGUGGACCUUGCUACAAACCUACCGGAGAUCUAGUAAACGCAACAAACUUCGACUGGUUUUUUGUGGAUAAUCCGAGCUCGGAGUGCCCGGUGAGUGAGUGGGGCGAGUGGUCGCCGUGCUCGGCGCGCUGCGGGCGCGGGCGGCGGCUGCGCGGCCGCCUGCUGGUGGCGCCGGAAGCACGCCUGCAGCCGCUCCUCACGCGACAUCUGCUGCACCUGUGGAACCAACGCUUCGCGCAACUGCAGCAUUUGGAGCUACCGGAGCUAAAUGUGACAGAAGAGGAUCCUGCAAUUGAGAGCAUGGUACAAGAUCAUCUUGAACGUUGCCAGUUCACCCUCACGCAACAAGACGCUCUCUGCGAUGCAGAUGACGGUUGUCAAGAAGUUACACCACAAGAUGUGUGUUCCUUGCCGUUGUCGGUGGGCCCUUGUCGUGGGUAUGAGGAACGUUGGUUUUAUGAUACCACACGCAACGCCUGUGAACCUUUCGGCUUUACCGGCUGCGGAGGCAACGCGAAUAACUUCCCUACGAGAGAUAUAUGUAACAGCCAGUGCCGAAAACAAAAUGAUCCUGGUAACUUUGCUCUCAAUAGCCACCCGGAAAUAAUUUUUAAAAAGUUUAAACCUUCACCUUCCAACAAAGACAACGACGUUUUGCAGAAUGACACGCCAGUUUUAGCAGAUGACGUUGACUGCGCGACGAGUUCGUGGCUUGGUUGGAGCGAUUGCUUCGGAGACUGUGAUUACGCUAUCAAACUCAAUUAUCGCCUCAUUUUGCAUGUCGUAUCAGGACCUGGGAAACCGUGCUCGAAGCUGAUAAAAAGUCGUAUUUGUAGACCUGGCCAUUGUCGUAAAUUGUUUCUUGUUAAUAAUAAUUCAUCAGUCGAAUUUGAUUAUACGCAAAAUGAUAAAAACUAG